GAGAGUCGUGUGCUUGUCAGCGCUAUUCUUCGCUCUCUUCUCCAAUCGGACCGAACCAGAGACGCACGGAGUUACUCCGUCUCUCUCUCUCUCCCCCCCCUAUGGUGCACUUUCUCUUUCUAGGAAAACAGAGAGAAAGAGAAGAGGGGGGUUGGUUUCAGCUACUCUGAAGUAGGAGCCACCCUGUCCAAACCCAACAUCCAUCGGCCAUUCGCAUUUCUAGGCUUCUCAAGAUCCGAAACUCUCUCUCUCUCUCUCUCUCUCUCUCUCUCUCUCUCUCUCUCUCUCUCUCUCUCUCUCAUUUCAUCCCACCGCUUGUUUUUCCAAAUCAGGUUAUCUGGAAAAAUCUCGGUAAAUCUUGGGCGCAUUUGUUUGGCAUUGGUUGGAUUUUUUGUUUUCCAUCAAUGACAUUAAUCAAUUGACAGCAGCAAAACUCGCACGCCCACCCAACUCAAUCCAAUUACCGUCCGGGCCGGUACCAUUCCAUCAAGUCAUCACGCCUGAUCCAAUAUGGCGUUCGUUCGUGCUGGGUUUUUCCAGCUAAACAUGACACAUAGGUUUUCUCCUUGAUCACCCCUGUUUGGCUGUUUCUGAUCGAGUUUUACAGAUUUGGGGAUCUGGGUUCUUCUGGUUUUGAGCAAAACGCUUUUGGUAUUUCUAAAUUUGAUGUAUAUUUGGUGUUCUUUUUAGGCUUUAUUGAUGAUAUCUUAUUAUUUGGGGAUCUGGGUUCUUUCUCGUCUAUCCAUAGAUUGAUUCUGAAGGGUUUUAGUUUUCUGGCAUUGUGUUUUAACCGAGAAACAAUAAUUCAUACGUUCAAAAAAUUGUUUUCAUUUUUGAAAAAUUGGUUGGAAUUGAAUGUUGGCUUUCGGAUAUCCGGAAAAGCAUUGAUUGGAGCACGCUAGAAGCUUUUGAAUUGGGGAUGUUGAUUGAAUCCUAGAAUCUUAAUGCCGCAGGGGUUUGGGCAAAGAAAGUCAGUUUUCGAGUUAGGAUUUCCCAGAACUCUACAGUUUCCUGUUUGCAAGCAGGGGACUGUGAAGGAGGAUUAUGGGCUGCUUAUGCUCAAAAGGAAUUUCUGUAAAUGAGUACGUAGAGAGCCAUAUCAGGGAGAAAGAAUUAAGCAAAUCUUCUAAGCGGCUUGUAGCUUCCUCGAGAAGAGAGGAAAUUGCAGCAGAGGGUGAUCACGGCGGGAAUGAUGCGACUGCACGGUUAAUAUCUAAGCAGCCUGUGGAAGAAAAUGCAGGGUCCACCCCAAUUUUGUGGGAUGAAGGGGAGAAGAAGGCAGAAGUUGUUGAGAAGGCAACCCCACCUGAGCUUUGCAGACCAGGAACAAUUGAGGCUGGGGCAAGUGGAGCACAACCCCAGUUGUCUAGGAUAGUUAGCUUGUCCAAUGGGGUUCAAGGGGCGCAAGUUGCUGCUGGUUGGCCAUCUUGGCUGACUGCAGUGGCAGGGGAAGCAAUCAAUGGGUGGGUGCCUCGGAAAGCAGACUCAUUCGAGAAGUUGGACAAGAUUGGACAAGGAACUUACAGCAGCGUGUACAGAGGCCGUGACCUUGAGACUGGCAAAAUUGUUGCCAUGAAGAAGGUGCGGUUUGUUAAUAUGGAUCCAGAAAGUGUUCGUUUUAUGGCAAGAGAAAUUCUUAUUCUGCGUAGGCUUGAUCACCCAAACGUAAUGAAGCUUGAAGGUCUGGUAACUUCAAGGGUCUCUGGCAGUUUAUACCUUAUAUUUGAAUACAUGGAGCAUGAUCUUGCUGGGCUUGCGGCAGCACCUGGGAUAAAGUUCACAGAACCACAGAUCAAAUGCUAUAUGCAACAGUUGCUUCGUGGACUUGAACAUUGCCAUGCUCGUGGAGUCCUGCACCGUGACAUCAAGGGUUCCAAUCUUCUGAUUGACAAUAAUGGAAAUCUUAAGGUUGGUGACUUUGGGCUGGCGACUUUUUUCCAUUCCAGCCAGAGGCAGCCUCUUACAAGUCGUGUAGUAACUUUGUGGUAUCGACCGCCUGAGCUUCUGCUUGGUGCUACAGAUUAUGGAGUUGAGGUCGAUUUGUGGAGUAGUGGUUGCAUUCUUGCGGAAUUGUUUUGUGGGAAGCCCAUCAUGCCAGGAAGAACAGAGGUGGAGCAACUACACAAGAUCUUCAAACUUUGUGGCUCACCUUCUGAGGAGUACUGGAAAAAAUCAAAAUUGCCACAUGCAACAAUUUUCAAACCUCAAAAUCCUUACAGGCGUUGUGUUGCUGACACAUUCAAGGACUUUCCUUCUUCAGUGCUAACCCUGCUGGAUGUCCUCCUUGCAAUAGAACCUGAGAGCCGGGGGUCAGCUUCUUCUGCACUUCAGAGUGAGUUUUUCAGGACGAAGCCUCUUCCAUCCAGUCCAUCAAGUUUACCCAAGUACCCACCAAGUAAGGAGUUCGAUGUCAGGCUUCGGGAUGAGGAAGCCAGAAGGAAAAAGACGGCUGCUGGUAAAGGACGCGAUGGAGAAUCCUCUAGAAGGUGUUCCAGAGAAUCUAAGGCAGCCCCAGCACCAGAUGCCAAUGCGGAGUUGCAGGUGUCUAUGCAGAAACGGGGGCAGCCAAAUCCUAAAAGCAGCAGUGAAAAGUACAAUCCUGAAGAAGAUGGUGGCUCAGGAUUCCCUAUUGAGCCUCCCGGGUUACAAAAUGGUUUCUCUCAUUCUGGCCAGUUAGCACAUCCUAAUGCAUUUGGAUCUUCACUGGGUGUGAAUAUGAAUGAGGAUGAUACUCUUUUUGAUUCUUCAAAGAAUGACAAAGGGACCCAAAGAUCUUACAAACCUUCAGGUGCAACUGAAUUGUCCAGGUUUUCCAGUUCAGUAGCAGUUCGAGGCAAUUCGAGAGAGACAAAUUUAAAUUCUCAUUGGGCUCCAAAGGGUCUUUUGAAUGCUGGAUAUAAUCAGCUAGAUGGUGCUGAGUCCUCUAGAAAACAUGACUGGUUCCACCGCUUACUGGAAGGGCCAAAGUCCUCUCGUAGGAAGCAUGAACGAGCGUCAGGAAAGGAAUCAACAAUGGGUUAUGCUCCGAAGAAUAGUCGGAUCCACUACUCUGGACCAUUGUUGCCUCCUGGGGGAAACCUUGAGGAAAUGCUCAGAGAGCACGAGAAACAAAUCCAGCAUGCUGUGCGCAAGGCUCGUUUGGACAAGGCUAAGACCAAGAAGACCUAUAGUGACAGUGGACAAACUGAAUCACUGCUUCACUAUGGGAGAAAUGGAAGGUGACCUUUCUAAGGAAAUUACACUGCCUUAGUUUGGAUCAAAAUAUCGAUGUGGAAUUGCAUAAUUGUCAUGUUGGGAAGAAUUACUUCUGGGUUUUGGCAAAUCCCGUCACCGGGAAAAAAAGAACUUGGAUUUCAUGGAGUAGCUUUUCAUUGUGUCAGAUAUAUGGAGUUAUAUCUGCCAUAUGCUUACUGAAAGUGUGAAGAGGGUUUAUAUAUGAGUUGGCGAAGAUGGGAUAACUUUCAAAAGCCAAAAUCACAUGUGCGGUCUUAGUUUGUGGUGAUCAUUGACAAAAUUUCCAAUUAUUUGUAUAUUUGAUGGAAAGAAGCAGAGGUUUUGUUCGGCAUCAUUCAGCUUCUGGAGAUGGAUGCUUUUGUACAGCUGAAAAUUGGUUAACUCUUACAGAUAAAUCAAAAUUCACAUAAUUUUGUGUAAAGACGGUUCUAAUGAACAUUUCCACACAAGCUGCCCUGUGAUUCAAACAGACAACUGUAGAAGACAGUUUUCAUACUAAAAAUACAUGAAUAUACUUGUCUCA